AUGACAUUGUCAGCGAUGGAGCUGUAUCAAAAUCAUAAGAUCAGCGACGAGAUCUACGAUCUUCGAACACCCGUGCAACAGGAUAUUAACGAAAUUCGCGUCGUCGAUGACACUUACGAUCGAACGAGAGAAGAUCGUGAACGGUUCUCGAAGUUUUCGGGCAGCCACCAGGACAUGAUGGAAUACACGUCCGAAUCCAGUAGCGAAAGUUGCAGAGAAAUUCACAGGAAGCAAACCGAAAAGAAGAAUUCAUCGCCGAUCGCUGUAUCCAGUGCAUUCACGAUUGAUAAUAUUCUCGGAAGACACGAGGAACGUGACACGGAAGUGUCUUCCAGUUUAAAUAAUUACGAAGAUAGGGACGACGAGCAGGAUGAUAGGGACGAGAAGAUGGAUGAAAGUCGGUUUAUCAAGCCCACAGCUAUACCAGCCACGCAUUCGGACAUGGGUGUCGGAUUAUACGCACCAGCAGGAUUAUCGUACUCCGAAGUUACAUUUUCAGACCCGUCCGGAUACUCGGCGACAUCUUUUGCUUCAGCAUCCCUUUUAUACAACAGUUGGUUCGCUCAAACGAAACCUGGUCAAUUAUUCGGAUUGCAAGCUCCCAAACCGAGUGGAAGGCGGUCCAGAAAACCGGGGAUCGAUCGGAAACCGCGCCAAGCUUAUAGCGCUAAACAAUUAGAAAGGCUCGAGGCGGAAUUCAAGAUCGACAAAUACUUGAGCGUGAGCAAACGAAUGGAGCUGUCGAAGUCCCUGAAUUUGACGGAAGUGCAGAUCAAAACGUGGUUCCAAAAUCGUCGCACCAAGUGGAAGAAGCAGCUGACGUCCAGGUUGAAAAUCGCUCAGAGGCAAGGGCUGUUUCCACCCACGUAUUUUCCACCGACGCAGUACCCUCUGUUGCCAUACUACACCACACCCCUCGUGUUUGGCAAUCCUGCGUCAGAUGACGCUAACGUGAACGCGGCGACGAUACCGUCGCGGUCUAUGGUAUCCUCUCCGGAUACCGCCUGA